AUGGCAACUAUGGUGGCAAACAGGGCGAUGGACGUGAAAGGUUUGGCGGCGGCAGCACGGACUCACACUCAGGCAUUCCCCAGAUAUGCAGAGAUUGUCCACCUGACCCUGCCGGAUGGCACCAAGAGAAGUGGACAGGUGUUGGAAGUGAUAGGCAGCAAGGCAGUCGUCCAGGUGUUUGAGGGAACAUCAGGAAUUGAUGCCAAGAAGACGGCCUGUGAGUUUACUGGCGAUAUCCUGCGUACCCCUGUAUCUGAGGACAUGCUAGGGCGCGUGUUCAAUGGCUCAGGCAAACCUAUCGACCGUGGACCAAAUGUUUUGGCUGAGGACUAUCUGGACAUUAUGGGUCAGCCAAUCAACCCUCAGUGCCGUAUUUACCCUGAGGAGAUGAUCCAGACUGGAAUCUCGGCCAUCGAUGGCAUGAACAGCAUUGCCCGUGGACAGAAGAUCCCAAUUUUUUCAGCUGCUGGGCUGCCACACAAUGAGAUUGCGGCUCAGAUUUGUCGGCAGGCAGGUCUGGUGCAGAAGUCCAAGGAUGUAAUGGACUACAGCGCGGACAACUUUGCUAUUGUCUUCGCAGCUAUGGGGGUCAACAUGGAAACUGCUCGGUUCUUUAAGUCAGACUUUGAGGAGAAUGGCUCCAUGGAUAAUGUGUGUCUUUUCCUAAACCUGGCUAACGACCCUACCAUUGAGCGUAUCAUCACCCCACGCCUGGCACUGACCACAGCAGAGUACCUGGCCUAUCAGUGUGAAAAGCACGUUCUGGUCAUCCUGACUGACAUGAGCUCUUACGCUGAGGCUCUUCGAGAGGUCUCGGCUGCGCGAGAGGAGGUGCCCGGCCGUCGAGGUUUUCCUGGCUACAUGUACACUGACCUGGCUACCAUCUAUGAACGUGCUGGUCGUGUGGAAGGCAGGAACGGCUCCAUCACUCAGAUCCCCAUCCUCACUAUGCCCAACGAUGAUUAUGAUGAUACCAUUACGACCCAUGCAGUAGUUGGCAGCAGCUUUCCCCUCCUACUGUAUUUAGAAUUAGAUUCUCAUGUAUUUCCUCUCUCCUGCACAGGCCCCUAUGACAAUAGGACGGUGUACGAAACCUUGGACAUCGGCUGGCAGCUGCUGAGAAUCUUCCCCAAGGAGAUGCUAAAGCGAAUUCCUCAGAGCACACUGGCCGAGUUUUACCCCAGGGAAUCUGCUGUCCGCCACUGAGGCUCACCAAGACGUCUUGGUAUCUCCACUCAUCUUUCAACCCACUGUUCUAUCCUUUCCUUCUCUCUAGAGCAGCGGUGUCAAACUCAUUUUGGUUCAGGGGCCACAUACAACCUAAUUAGAUGUCCAGUGGUUUUUUUUUGGCUUUGUUUACAUGGAAAAAGUACAUUAGAUACAUCUUUAUAUUUAAUGAAAUAUAAUUUUAUGAAACAUUUCCUGAACAUGAAGUGUUUGUGUAUUUUUUUUUUUUUUUUUUUCCCUUUUUCAAAAUUCAUCGAGCGGGCCUGAUUCAACGCGAGGGCCGUAUGUUUGACACCCCUGCUCUAGGGGCUUGGUAAAUCAUGUUACCUUUCCACACCCCUCUAAAAAAAAACAGCUUUUCCUCAUUUGCAUUACCUCAGAUUCUUCUCCUUCCUUCCUAUGGAUCUACCACCCUUCUCCAUUUCCCUGAAUAGAGCAAAGUAUCUAUAAACCCCUUCUUUAGAUGUACUGCAUUGUAUUUGUGACAAUAUUCUGUGUAUGAAAAUUGUAUAUCCUUGAUGGCAAAAAGUGAAAAUAUCUCUUAAAUGGUUGAACAGAAUAUAUUUAUUUAGGGUGGAUCUCAUUUUAUCAACAUGUGCUACGAAACAUCAGCCCUUCCAAAAAUGAGGUGAACAGAACUGUUUGUCUACAAAUGGAAGUGAAUAAAUUUAAACAACCGUCGAAUAUCUGGAGUCGCCACCAUUUAGGUGGUGAUGCUACAGCACAAUUAGUAAUUCUGUUCGUCAACCUCUUGUAUUGAACCAUUUACAGUUGCAUAUUUUUAGGUCUCGGUUCAAGACAUUUUGAGUUAUCAAAAAGAUGAAACGUUUACUCCGUGUUGCUCCUCUGGUACUUUAUCGUAUCCUAAUGUCUUAAAACAAUUCAAAAGAUGUUAACCCUAUUAUGUGUUGUGGUUGUUUUUUUGUUUUUUUUUGUUUUUUGUUUUGGGUCACCCUAGAAGUAUGAGCGUACAUUCCCAUGUGUUGGAAAAACUAGUUUUAUUGUGUAUCAGGAUGUUGUGAGUGUAUGUGUCCACAAAUAAAAUAAAUUAUUUGAAAAUGUA